GGAAAUUAACGGAAUCGAAAAUCAGUGAAACUCCAUUCUUGCGCUUCUGCAGCUACCUUAACCCCCCCCCCCCCCCCCCCCCCCCCAAACCUCAACUUCUUCCCCUGUAAUCCAGGAGGCCACUGGUACUCAUUUUCAUCCCCAAAUGCUUAAGAUAAUUGGUUAAUUUUCCCAGUUUUAUCCUCUUUUGUUGUUGAAUUUCUUCAAUUUGCUUCUUCAAGUUUAGCCUCUGUCAGGUGGUGUUUCGUGUUUGAUUUUUCAUCUUGUUGGUAAAUUGUAUUUUUCUUGAUAUUAUUUGGGAAUAUUUCAGAUCUGUUGUUGUUAGGGUUUUCAAGAAUUGGGUAAUUUCAAGAUUUGGUUUUGGGGUCAUGGAUUUGAUGUUUUUGGCAUUUAAGGUUAUAAAUGGGAUUGUGAAUUUUGAAUCAAAUUAGCUCCUUUUGUAGUUUGUUUAGGGUCUGGGUAGUAUUUAUUGAGAACCUAUCUGUUGAUUUUCUUAAUAAUUGAAGAGAUAAAAGGUGUUAAUUUUAGCAUAAGGGGAUUAAUGAAGCUUUCUCUUUAUGGGUAGCAUGAUAAGGUGGAGGUUACUGGGAUCAUGAUGUCUUUCGUUUAACUCUCAUCAGCAUUUGGGCUAAGUUGCGUGGACUCUUCACUUUCGAUGCCGCACCCGUGUCGGAUUCUCCGGUGCGUCGGAUUCUCCAAAAAAUACACUAGUUUUAGGAAAGCCGACAUGCGCCGGCACCCUGUGACACUUUUGAAAAGUCCGAGCAACAUAACAUCUGGGUUUGUGUGCAAAGUAUAUGUUGGUAUUGUUCUUACUAGUGUGUUAAAGAAGGUGUCGAAGGAUACUGGUCGGUGAGUUGUAAAUUUUGUAAAUAUCUUUCAACUGCUUGGCAAAAAGAAAUUAGCAUAGGGUAAAUUGGGAGAAAAGGUGUAAAUGUUGUUUUAAAGAUGCAAUCUUUGGCAGCCCCGCAGCACCAGCCAAAGGGUAAAUGAUUAAAUAAUUUUUGAGUUCAAAGAUGGACAAGUGCUCAAAUGGAAGUUAUGUUUUGAUUGCUUACUAUCACAUUGUCACUUGAGAUGACUCGGCAAUUAAGCUCCCUACAGCUAUUAGUAUAUGCAACUUCGAUGGACGAGUUUGGCAGUUGGGCAUUGUGCCUAGGUUGCUCGGACUCUUCAAUCUUGCCACACCCGUGUCAACACGCCAUGAUGGAAAUGGAUGGAUCAACAGUCCAAGGCACCAGCAGCGUGGACUCAUUUUUACGGAACUAUAAGCUCGGGAAAACUCUUGGCAUUGGAUCGUUUGGCAAAGUUAAAAUAGCUGAACAUACCUUAACAGGGCACAAAGUUGCUGUCAAGAUUCUUAAUCGUCGAAAAAUCAGGAACAUGGACAUGGAAGAAAAAGUCCGAAGAGAAAUCAAAAUAUUGAGAUUGUUCAUGCAUCCUCACAUUAUACGGCUUUAUGAGGUCAUAGAGACACCAUCAGAUAUAUAUGUUGUGAUGGAGUAUGUGAAAUCUGGCGAGCUGUUUGAUUACAUUGUCGAGAAGGGAAGAUUGCAGGAGGAUGAAGCUCGUAAUUUUUUUCAGCAGAUAAUAUCUGGUGUGGAGUACUGCCAUAGAAACAUGGUGGUUCAUAGAGACCUUAAGCCUGAAAACCUCCUCCUGGAUUCCAAAUGGAAUGUGAAGAUAGCAGAUUUUGGUUUGAGCAAUAUCAUGCGCGAUGGUCAUUUUCUGAAGACAAGUUGCGGAAGCCCAAACUAUGCUGCCCCAGAGGUUAUAUCAGGUAAAUUGUAUGCUGGCCCUGAGGUAGAUGUAUGGAGCUGUGGCGUUAUUCUUUAUGCUCUUCUCUGUGGCACCCUUCCAUUUGACGAUGAAAACAUUCCCAAUCUUUUUAAGAAAAUAAAGGGCGGAAUAUAUACUUUACCCAGCCAUUUAUCAGCUGGUGCGAGGGAUUUGAUUCCAAGGAUGCUUAUAGUCGACCCAAUGAAGCGAAUGACUAUUCCUGAGAUUCGCCUGCACCCUUGGUUCCAGGCUCAUUUGCCACGUUAUUUGGCCGUGCCUCCACCAGAUACAAUGCAACAAGCAAAGAAGAUCGAUGAAGAGAUUCUUCAGGAGGUGGUUAAGAUGGGAUUUGACAGGAACAACCUUACUGAAUCUCUUCGCAAUAGAGUUCAAAAUGAGGGCACUGUUGCGUACUAUUUGCUACUUGACAAUCGCCAUCGUGUUUCCACUGGCUAUCUUGGAGCUGAAUUUCAGGAGUCCAUGGAAUAUGGUUACAACCAGAUCAAUUCAAAUGAAAACGUUGCUUCUCCUGUUGGUCAACGCUUCCCAGGAAUAAUGGAUUAUCAGCAAGCUGGUGCUAGGCAGUUUCCCGUCGAAAGAAAAUGGGCUCUUGGCCUCCAGUCUCGCGCGCAUCCACGUGAAAUAAUGACUGAAGUUCUGAAAGCUCUGCAAGAACUGAAUGUAUGUUGGAAAAAGAUUGGUCAGUAUAACAUGAAAUGUCGCUGGGUUCCUAGCAUACCCGGUCAUCAUGAAGGCAUGGGUAUUAAUUCCAUGCACGGGAGUCAGUUCUUUGGAGACGAUUCAGCCAUCAUUGAGAAUGAUGGUGUCACUAAAUUAACAAAUGUGGUCAAAUUUGAAGUUCAGCUUUACAAAACUAGGGAGGAAAAGUACCUGCUUGACCUUCAGAGGCUUCAGGGUCCACAGUUCCUCUUCUUGGAUCUCUGUGCUGCUUUUCUUGCUCAGCUUCGGGUCCUUUGAAGUCUCUGAAAUAAGGAGCUAAGUUGGAAGGCUAUCAAUGUUUUCCAGAAAAGCUCGUGCUUGUAUAUAAUUGGUAUACCAGCUCAGUUUACUGCAUGUCUGUUAACAAAUUUCACCCUGCUUGGUCAGAGGUGCCUAGCAACUUUUUUUUUUGUUGAUUCGCUAGGAGUUCUAGCUACUUUUGAUCUUCUUAGCAUUUUCAGUGUCUUAUGGAAUUUCAGUUACCUAAAGAUUGAACUAAAGAUUCCAUUUUGCAA